UUUUAUUAUUUACCGUAAUCGAAUCAACUUUUCCCCCACUUUUAUUAAAUUAUCCAUCUUUAAAUUCGAAACCAUGAUAUAUGAUAUAUUUCGCUCUACAUUAGGAGACGCGCUCAAGUGUAAAGUAUGCACGGGAAAUUGUACCAAUCUGAAUCAAAAUCAGAAUCAAGUUCUAGAGUGUAAAGCUCCGGAACCAUCGAGCACAGAAGCACCGAGCACAGGAUCGACGAGCACAGGAUCAUCGAAUACGGAAGAAUCGAGCACAGAAGAAUCGAGCACGAACCAUCGAGCACAGAAUCAACGAGCUCGCAAGCAUCGAGCACAGAAGAAUCGAGCACGAACCAUCGAGCACAGAAUCAACGAGCUCGCAAGCAUCGAGCACAGAAGAAUCGAGCACGAAACCAUCGAGCACAG